ACACAACCGACACCUUGUUUUAUUCUCUCAAAGGAGUCAAAGCUAUAAGAGAAACGAGAAAGAAAGAGUGACCUGCAAUUGCGGCAUUGCUGAUAAAGAAGCCAGAUCUCCCAUGUGAAAGACAGGGUGAAGAGAGAGCAAGAAAGCAACCAAAAGGCUUUUGCUUUAAUUCUCUCUACAAACCAUGAGAUAGCACUGUCUGUGUUCAUUGCAUCUUUCUUUGCUCUGCUCUGAGCUCAUGUUCAUGUAGACCAAGCAAGAAGUAAGGAGAAUAGAGAUAAGCUCAAUCUCUCUCGAAUAUUAUGGGAUCUUUGGGACUUGACAAUGAGAAUGUGGAUGUUUACUUAUUUUUGGGGCUUAAGCAAUCAGGAAAAGGAGCUGUGAAGAUUCCUCCCCGGGUUCUGUCACCACUCUCUUCACUUCUCGAGAGAUCUGUCCAGAGCAAUGAGAUGCAUAUGGAGGCAACAGAUAUCAAGGAAGUCACAAUAUUUCAUGGUUUGAGGGCACCCCCAUUGAGCAUUCGACAAUACAUUGAUCGUGUUUUCAAGUACUCUGGCUGUAGCCCCUCGUGCUUUGUUGUUGCUAAAAUUUAUGUGGAUAGAUAUCUGCAGUCGACACAAGUGCAUUUGACUUCUUUCAAUGUUCACCGGCUUCUGAUAACAAGUGUGAUGCUAGCAGCAAAAUUUAUUGAUGAUGCAUUCUUCAACAAUGCGUACUACGCCAAAGUGGGAGGAGUCAGUACAGCAGAGCUGAAUAGGUUGGAGAUGAAGUUUUUGUUUACUAUAGAUUUCAGACUUAAAGUUAGUAUAGACACAUUCAAGAAAUAUUGUUCUCAGCUGGAAAAGGAAGCUGCAGUACACCAGAUUGAACGUUCGAUCCAAGCUUGUGGUAUCAAGGAGGAUGAGAUUGUCAAAUCCUCCUCUCAAUGCAUGAUUACAUGAUUUUUCUGAAUUCCGAUUUAGUUAGAAAGAAAUUUGAUUUUUUUAGUGUAUGCCAGGAAAAGCAUUUCAGCGAACCAUUCUUUAGGUAUCUCAUUUCAUUUUGUAAAGAGUAAAGUUUCUCUCUUUUACUUUUUCUUUAAGCUUGUAAGAACAGAUUGUUCAACUUUUAUGGUGAAUGAAGAGUGACGCAGUGAGUCUUCCAUUA